AUGGUGGAAGCAACUAAGAAUUCGAUCGAUAACGCAACCACCCAAAUGAAAAUGAUAUAUUCGGUCAUUUCGGAUUCUACACCCGCCAUGGAUGGUUUGAGAGAAGAGUUGAGAGAACUUGGGCUUGGGGUGAUUGAAAUCAUUCAAAUGGGUAAGUACUUUGCGGACAAACUAUCUCAAUAUCGGUUUUGGAAGAGUUUGGAUGAUUAUAUGAGAAUAGAAUUUGUGAAGUCAAUUUACGAUGAGAUCAACCUUCAUCAUUCCCCAUUGUUUUCAAAAAUUGGCGAUCAAUCCAAUGAUUACAAAAUUGACAUUGUUGACGAUGAGACUUGGCAAGUUUCAACAGGUUUUGCGAAUGCAUGGAAAGAUGCUACUGCCCCAUCUCUGCUUGACAGAGAUUCAAAAGAGUAUGAAGAGUACAAUAUUGAUUUCCACAGGAGGAAAUCUUCUAAAAGGAAGACUGAUCAGAGGGAGAGCAAGGCAAAAGAGAACCCAAAUUCAACUUCGGGCAAUAUGGUUGAAAAUGUUUCAAAAAGAAAAGAUGAGAUUAGAGAAAGCAAAAURAAUGGAAACCCAAGAAAUAAUUACGGGAUUUCCAUGUUUGAUGAGAUGGAGAAACCGGAAGGAUCUUUCAUUGAAAAGAAGCAAAGGGUUCCAACUUUCAAUCAACUUACAGCGCCAUACCAUGAGCCAUUUUGUUUGGAUAUCUACAUCUCAAAAGCAUCUAUACGAGCGUGCAUUGUUCAUCGAGCAACGAGCAAAGUUGUUGCUGUUGCACAUUCUAUUUCUAAGGACAUGAAAUUUGAUCUGGGUUCAACUAGAAAUGCUGCUGCUUGUGCUGCUGUUGGGAAAGUAUUAGCACAAAGAGCUUUUGCUGAUGAUAUUCACAAUGUGGUUUAUACACCCAGAAAAGGUGAGAAGUUGGAGGGGAAACUUCAAAUUGUGCUUCAGUCUGUAAUAAAUGAUGGUGUACGGGUGAAGGUGAAGAUUAAAAAGACUAAAGUUCAAAAAGAUGGCUUCCGAUCUGCAGAUUAUAAGCGUAAUUAA